CGCAGGAGGCCGCUCCCCCCCUGAGAGCCCGGCCCCGCCCGCGCCGAGCCAGCCACCUCCCCGCGCCCAGCCGGGAGCGCAGCCCCGCAGCCCCCGGCAGCCCGGAUGGGAGGCGCCGGCGGGGAUGCAGCAGCCGCGGAACUGGACGGCGGAGCCCAGUAGAGUAGGAGCCGGGAGCCGCCGCCUGGCGCCAGGACCGCGGGAGCCCCCGGGCCGCUCUCCCCGCUGCCGGCCGGGCUUGGCCGGGCGGCGGCGCUGCUGAGUCCCGGUGUUUCACCCCAGCGGCCGCGAGCCCGGAGCCGGGCCGGAGCAGCGAGAGGCCGCGCCCGCCGCGCAGCGACAGGAGCCGGGACCCCGGCGGGACCGAGCCCCGCUCUCCCGCCGCGCGCCGCCUGGGCCGGGGCUCGGCGCAGCUUCCGACCCCGCUCCGCGGCCGGAGCCGAGGCAGGAGGCGGCGGGGCCGGGGCGCUGCAGCCCGGGGCAGAGAAGGGGCGAGAUGGCGUCGUACGUGGAUAACAGCUUCCGCCAGGCGGUGAUGAAAAACCCGGCGGAGAGGAGCCCCCAGGAUUUGGAGAUAGUGUAUUCCUAUUUACAUGGAAUGGAAGCUUUGUCUAAUCUGAGGGAACACCAACUCAGGCUGAUGUGUGAAACUGUGAGAUAUGAAAGGCAUGAAGCAAACGAAGUUCUGUACUACCCUGAUGAUAUUGGCUCCUGUUGGUAUAUCCUGCUGUCUGGUUCAGUAUUCAUCAAAGAGUCUAUGUUUCUUCCAAGGAGCAGUUUUGGCAAGCGUUCUGCAGGAAGCUUCAGGCGUGGCUGUGAAUGCAUUGUUUUAGAGCCAUCUGAAAUGAUUGUGGUGGACUAUAUGGAUGAAAAUGAAGAAUAUUUCCAGCGUCAAGCUUCCCAUAGACAAUCCCGAAGGAGAUUUAGGAAAAUCAAUCAAAAAGGAGAAAGACAAACCAUUAUUGAUACUGUGGAUCCUUAUCCUGUGGGGAAGCCACCUUUACCUAGAGGUUAUCAUACGCUUCCUGCAGAUUUCACAAAACUGCAUCUUACUGACAGUCUCCACCCACAGGUGACCCACGUUACCUCCAGUCACUCAGGAUGUAGCAUCACUAGUGAUUCUGGAAGCAGCAGCCUUUCUGAUAUCUACCAGGCCACAGAAAGUGAGGCUGGUGAUAUGGAUCUGAGUGGGUUACCAGAGACUGCAGUGGAUUCUGAGGAUGAUGAUGAUGAAGAAGAUAUUGAGAGGGCGUCAGACCCUCUGAUGAGCAGGGAUAUUGUUAGAGACUGCCUGGAGAAAGACCCAAUAGACAGGACAGAUGAUGACAUUGAACAACUAUUGGAAUUCAUGCAUCAGUUGCCUGCUUUUGCCAACAUGACAAUGUCAGUGAGGAGAGAACUUUGUGCUGUGAUGGUAUUUGCAGUUGUGGAGAGGGCAGGAACCAUAGUACUAAAUGAUGGGGAAGAGCUGGACUCCUGGUCAGUUAUAUUGAAUGGUUCUGUGGAAGUGACAUAUCCUGAUGGAAGAACAGAGAUACUGUGCAUGGGAAACAGUUUUGGUGUUUCCCCUACCAUGGACAAGGAAUACAUGAAAGGAGUGAUGAGAACCAAAGUGGAUGACUGCCAGUUUGUCUGCAUAGCCCAACAAGAUUACUGCCGCAUCCUCAAUCAAGUGGAAAAAAACAUGCAGAAGGUAGAAGAGGAGGGGGAGAUUGUUAUGGUGAAGGAGCACAGGGAGCUUGAUCGCACUGGAACAAGAAAGGGUCACAUUGUCAUCAAGGGAACAUCAGAAAGGUUAACAAUGCAUUUGGUGGAAGAGCACUCAGUGGUGGAUCCAACGUUUAUUGAGGAUUUCCUUUUGACCUACAGGACUUUUCUUUCCAGCCCAAUGGAAGUGGGCAAGAAAUUGUUGGAGUGGUUUAAUGACCCUAGCCUCAGGGAUAAGGUUACACGGGUAGUAUUAUUGUGGGUGAACAAUCACUUCAAUGAUUUUGAAGGAGAUCCUGCUAUGACUCGAUUUCUAGAGGAAUUUGAGAACAAUUUGGAAAGAGAGAAAAUGGGUGGACAUCUGAGGCUAUUAAAUAUUGCAUGUGCUGCUAAAGCUAAACGAAGAUUGAUAACAUUAACAAAGCCAUCUCGAGAAGCUCCUUUGCCUUUUAUCUUGCUGGGAGGGUCAGAAAAGGGAUUUGGAAUCUUUGUUGACAGUGUGGAUUUAGGCAGCAAAGCCACAGAAGCAGGCUUGAAACGUGGUGACCAGAUACUGGAGGUGAAUGGUCAAAACUUUGAAAACAUUCAGCUGUCAAAAGCCAUGGAAAUUCUUAGAAAUAAUACUCAUUUAUCUAUCACUGUGAAAACCAACUUAUUUGUUUUUAAAGAACUUCUAACAAGAUUGUCAGAGGAGAAAAGAAAUGGUGCUCCCCAUCUACCUAAAAUUGGUGAUAUUAAAAAGGCCAGUCGUUACUCCAUCCCAGAUCUUGCUGUUGAUGUGGAGCAGGUGAUAGGACUAGAAAAAGUAAAUAAGAAAAGUAAAGCCAACACUGUUGGAGGGAGAAACAAACUAAAGAAGAUACUUGACAAAACUCGAAUCAGUAUCCUGCCUCAGAAACCAUACAAUGACAUUGGAAUUGGCCAGUCGCAGGAUGACAGCAUUGUAGGAUUGAGGCAGACCAAACACAUUCCUCCUGCUUUACCUGUCAGUGGAACCCUGUCAUCCAGUAAUCCAGAUUUAUUGCAGUCACAUCACCGCAUCUUAGAUUUCAAUAGUACUCCAGACUUACCAGACCAAGUUCUGAGGGUUUUCAAGGCAGACCAGCAAAGUCGUUAUAUUAUGAUUAGUAAGGACACAACAGCAAAGGAAGUGGUCAUUCAGGCAAUUAGAGAGUUUGCUGUAACUGCUACUCCUGAUGCGUAUUCUUUGUGUGAAGUCUCUGUCACUCCAGAGGGUGUAAUCAAGCAAAGGAGGCUUCCAGAUCAGCUAUCCAAGCUUGCUGAUAGGAUACAGCUAAGUGGCAGGUAUUAUCUGAAAAACAACAUGGAGACAGAAACAUUGUGUUCAGAUGAAGAUGCUCAGGAGUUACUGCGGGAAAGUCAAAUUUCCCUACUGCAGCUCAGUACUGUUGAGAUGGCUGCUCAGCUCUCCAUGCGAAACUUUGAGCUGUUUCGUAACAUUGAACCCACAGAGUACAUAGAUGACCUGUUUAAACUCAAAUCUAAAACCAGUUGUGCUAACUUGAAAAAGUUUGAAGAAGUGAUAAACCAAGAAACAUUUUGGGUAGCAUCUGAGAUUCUAAGAGAAACCAACCAGCUAAAAAGAAUGAAGAUCAUUAAACACUUCAUUAAGAUAGCACUGCACUGCAGGGAAUGCAAGAACUUCAACUCCAUGUUUGCAAUUAUCAGUGGCCUGAAUUUGGCACCAGUUGCAAGGCUCCGCACUACUUGGGAAAAACUUCCAAGCAAAUAUGAGAAGCUGUUUCAAGAUCUUCAAGACUUGUUUGAUCCAUCUAGGAACAUGGCAAAAUAUCGUAAUGUCCUGAACAGCCAAAACCUACAGCCUCCCAUUAUUCCUCUCUUCCCUGUUAUCAAAAAGGACCUUACAUUCCUUCAUGAAGGAAAUGACUCAAAAGUGGAAGGCUUGGUCAAUUUUGAGAAGCUGAGAAUGAUUGCAAAAGAAAUUCGUCAUGUUGGUCGAAUGGCUUCUGUUAACAUGGAUCCUGCUGUAAUGUUCAGGACUAGGUCUCUCAGCCAGGGCAGUACAAAUGCAGCAGUGCUAGAUGUUGCACAAACAGGGGGACACAAAAAGCGGGUACGUCGCAGCUCCUUUCUCAAUGCCAAAAAACUGUAUGAAGAUGCUCAAAUGGCACGAAAAGUGAAGCAGUACCUCUCUAACUUGGACCUGGAAAUGGAUGAAGAGAGCCUCCAGACACUGUCUCUGCAGUGUGAGCCAGCCACCAACACAUUACCGAAGAAUCCAGGGGACAAACGGUCUGGGAAACAGGAAACGUCACCAGUGGCACCUAGGGCAGGAAUUCAGCAGAAGGUGCAGCAGCAGCAUAAAAUAAACCAAGCAUUGCAGGUCCCUGCUGUGUCCCUCUAUCCCUCUCGCAAGAAAGUACCAGUGAAAGACCUCCCACCAUUUGGCAUUAACUCCCCACAAGCGUUAAAGAAAAUUCUUUCAUUGUCUGAAGAAGGAAGUUUGGACCGUCACAAGAAACAAGCUGAAGACACAAUAUCAAAUGCAUCUUCACAGUUGUCUUCUCCUCCCACAUCACCACAGACCUCUCCAAGGAAAGGUGGCAGUGGCAAUCAGCUGAGAUAUUAUGGCGCCAGACAGUCGGAUCUAACCAGUUCCUCCUCUUCUCUUGGAAGUUAUACUUUGGCUCCCAGUGGCACUGUGGAUAACUUUUCAGAUUCUGGUCACAGCGAAAUUUCUUCCAGAUCUAGUAUUGUCAGCAAUUCCUCAUUUGACUCCAUGCCAGUGUCACUGCAUGAUGAGAGGAGACAGAGGCAUUCUGUCAGCAUUGUGGAGACUAAUCUUGGUGUGGGGAGAAUUGAUAGAAGAGCCAUGAUUGAACCAGAUCAAUACAGCUUAGGUUCAUAUGCACCACUGUCAGAGAACAGAGGCCUGUAUGCUGGAGCAACUGUGCUUUCUUCUCCCAGUACAGAAGAGCUAUCACAGGAUCAGGGGGAUCGCGCAUCACUUGAUGCCGCAGACAGUGGCCGUGGCAGCUGGACUUCUUGCUCAAGCGGUUCUCAUGACAACAUACAGACAAUACAACACCAGAGAAGCUGGGAGACUCUUCCUUUUGGACAUGUUCAUUUCGAUAGUUCAGGCGAUGGGGCAGGAUUAUGGGCCUCAGGCAGUCAUAUGGACCAGAUGAUGUUCCCCGAUCAUGGCACAAAAUAUGGCAGGCAGAGUCAAGGUAGGGAGGGCCUUGAUCAAGCACAGUCCAGAGCAAGCUGGGCAUCCUCAACAGGCUACUGGGGAGAGGACUCAGAAGGUGAUACAGGUACCAUAAAGCGGCGGGGUGGGAAGGAUGUUUCAAUUGAAGCUGAAACCAGUAGCAUAACAUCUGUAACAGCAGAGGAGUCAAAACCAGCUCCCAUGUCCUCUCAUAUAACUGUAUCAUCAAGUAGUGCAAAGGGGCUUAUUGCACGAAAAGAAGGUCGAUAUCGAGAACCACCUCCAACUCCCCCUGGUUAUGUAGGAAUACCUAUUGCAGACUUUGCGGAAGGAGUUUCCCAUCCAACUAGAAAACCUCCAGAUUACAACGUAGCACUUCAGAGGUCUAGGAUGGUAGCACGGACAUGUGAGACCCAUGGGACUUCAACUUUGCAGCAGCAAUCACAAGGUCACUCAGCUAGCAGGCCUGUGAACAAACCUCAGUGGCACAAACCAAAUGAGUCAGACCCACGUCUUGCUCACUAUCAGUCUCAAGGGUUUUCCACAGAGGAGGAUGAAGAUGAACAAGUCUCUGCCGUCUAAGAAUUGGGGCUUUUCUGGAUCCAGAGUGAGCCACCUUAAAGGAGAGCACAAGAAGACGUCCCUAGUAUAGGAGCCUUGGAACUAUAAUUAAAGGAUGGUAGACCUAUUUGCCUCCUUCCCUGCCUUAAAGCAGCAUGGGGCUUCUUCUCCCCCGUUCCUCCCCCCUUUCCCCUUGCAUGUGAAAUACUGUGAAGAAAUCGCCCUGGCACUUUUCAAACUGUGUUGCUUGAAAUGCACAGUGCAGCAAUCUCCAAGCUACCACUGUCGCUGUCUGCCACAUCACACAGUAUCAUUCCAAAUUCCAAGAUCAUCACAUCAAGAUGAUUAACUCUGACUGCAUUUCCCAAAGCCUGGAAGGGUUUUGAAAUCUUCCUUUUAGAUUUUAAUCACAAUCCUAGCACUUCAUCUCAUUGGGAUAAUGAGAUAUGCUAGUUGUCAAACGACAUUGAGCCUUUAACGUACAAAGAGAAAAACACAUUGAAACCCUUCAAGUAUACAGUGCUUGUUUGCUUGUUUACAAUGCCUUUGUUACAGUGCUGUAUGUUGUUGUGUUCAGAAAGCAAAUGUUACACCUGCAUAAUAAUUACAGUAUUAUUUCAGACUUUUUAGUAGGGUUGCCAGCCUGGGCUCCUAAAAACAAAACUGAUAUGGCUGAGCAGGGCCGAAUGGAAGGCAGGAAGGGUUAUAGGAUACAGCCUUUCAUUGACCACCUAGCUCCACUCUUAAAGUGCCCCACCCUGGAGUCUUAGAAAGUUUGUAAAUCAUAGGAUAGUAUUUUGAAAUGGGUCUAGCAUCAGUGCAGUACUAAGUGCUUGCAACUAUCUAAUGGGGGAAAACAGGACAACUUGUAUAGUUUGUACCAUACAAUUUGUAUACCUGUGCCUGGUGGAAUACAGGAUGGCAUAGUUUUUAUUUGUUUGUUUUUUUAAAGUCCUAUUCAAAUGAGACAGAUGGUAAACCCCACCUUUAAAUUAUAUUUUUGUCUUACUACAGUUAGAAGGUUAGUUACUUUAAGAGAAAAAUGAACUGGAUAACAUUGCAGUGAAGGAAAUUUGGGAUGUCACAGCUAAUGUCAGCUGUUAUUUCUGAUCUAAUAAUCUCUCUAUUGACUUGGCAUUAGGGAAUAAACAAGCCUUUAAAUUAUGAAAAAACACAUUUAGACACGCGAGCCUUUGCAAUGCAGAAAUAGUCACAACUGUUAAUGGCUUUAUGGAACACUGCAUGUGUAGAAAAGGCCAAUGUGUAGCAACCACCUGCUCACAGCUGCUAUUAACCCUAUAAUGACUGAAAUGAUCCUUCCCCUCUAUUUUUGUGUUGUUUUUGCACAGACUCCGGAAAAGUGAAGGCUGCCAAUCCGAGUAGUACUCAGAUGUGAGGAACUGCUGGUCUUGGUUUUUUUUUUUUUCCAUUGAACUCAGCUGAUCAUAUUGAUCAGUAGAUAAACGUAAAUAGCUUCAACUUUAAAGAUCAAAUUGCAGUGUUUUUUCACUGUAUCAAACAAUGUCAGUGCUUUAUUUAAUUAUUCUCUCUCCUGUAAUCAUGGCUUUUGUCUAUUUGCUUAUAUAUCACAUUGUCGAUUAUGAAUUUGUAAUUUUACAUGUAAUAUGCAUUAUUUGCCAGUUUUAUUAUAUAGGCUAUUGACCUCAUGUGCAUAUAGAAAGACAGAAACCUAGCUCUAUCACAAGUUGCACAAAUAUUAUAUAAGCAUUAAGUAAUUGUAGACCAUAGGACUGCUAAUCUCAGUUCACUCUGUGAUGUCAAGUGCAGAAUGUACAAUUAACUGGUGAUUUCCUCAUACUUUUGAUACUACUUGUACCUGUAUGUCUUUUAGAAAGACAUUGGUGGAGUCUGUAUCCCUUUUGUAUUUUUAAUACAAUAAUUGUACAUAUUGGUUAUAUUUUUGUUGAAAAUGGUAGAAAUGUACUAUGUUUAUGCUUCUACAUCCGAUUUGUAUGAAGCUGAAAAAUAAAUAAAUAUAACAUUAAUGCAGUCCAUAUUGAUUCUUACACAUUUUAUAGGUUCAUCAUAUUUGAGCAAAUUCAAAUUUGAAAAUAAUUUACUUCGCUGUACAUGAAUAUUAAAGGAAUACUAUCAAGUAACAGGCACAAAAUUGAAGUGGAGAUUUUUUAAACCCACUGUGUUGUUGCCAAUAAAUUAGUAUGUCCAUUACUAAACCAAAAUGGCCAGCAGAGGCAUCAGAGCGUCAAGGAUUGUGCUGACAUCAUUGCUGUUGAUACACAGACAAGCAAGGUAAAUAAGGAGGGCCAUGUUGGCUUGGGACUCCAUAAGAAUCGGGGGCAAUGAAUCCAUAUUUACAAAAUUUGGGGUGGGGAGAAGUAUGGAAAGAUGUGUUACCUACUUAGAAACUUGAAACUAUUGCAUGUAAUGAAAAGUACCUGAGUGUCCCUUUUAACAACAGCCAGAUGCUGUAAUCUAUAUAAUGUCACAAGUGUUUGUUCUUUUGUGAGCAUUGUGAACUCGAGCUACUUGUAACUGGGUACAGGAGACUGGUUUAAAACUCUUUUCUUAGCCUAUCCAUUGGUUAUAUUUGGCUUGUAUUUAAAAAAAAAAAAGUCAAGUAUUAUUUCCAAAUGAAAGUUACUGCUUUAGAGCAAAAAAUGGUUGGUUUGGAUUUUCGCUAUAACCCUUCAUAAUACGACCCUAAAAAACACCCUAGACUCAAGCUCAAAUAAUAUGUAUAGUACCCGUUUUCAUAAAAGAACACUGGACGUGUAAGAGUCAAAUGAUCAUUGCAGUUACUUUUCAUCUCUGGAAUAUGUGCCACUUCAAGGCCCGGUAAAUUUUAAAUAGGAUUGGAUUUUUGGGGGGAGGUGAUAUUUUUGUUGUUUUUGCAGUAACUAAUCCAUGUUAAUCUGUGGCUCAUGCCUCUGGAUAAUCUCAACAAGCCAGAUCAGGGCUAUCACAGUAAUAACUUUUCUUAUGACAUUAACAGAAAUGGAAUAAACAUUUCUUUUAGGUUCAAUACUUUAUAAAUAUUUCUCCUGCAAACAUUAGUUCUUAGGGAAUACUAAUCAUGACCGAUUUUUUGAUUGACAAUGAUUUUCCCCCAGUUGGUGUGGUGAUGUGUGUGAUCAGCGGUGGCUCCAGGCACCAGUGGGGCAGCAAGCCGCGGGGGGCGCCCUGCCAGUCCCUGUGAGGGCGGUAGUCAGGCUGCCUUUGGCAGCUUGCCUGCAGGAGGACCGCCGGUCCCUCAGAUUUGGCUGCAAUUCGGUGGUGGGUACACCAAAGCCACGGAACAGGCGGACGUCCCGCAGGCAUGCCGCCGAAUCCGUGGGACCGCCGCCGAAGGCUGCCUGACUGCCGGGCUUGGGGUGGCAAAAAGGCUAGAGCCACCCCUGUGUGUGAUUCACUUGCAAGUGAGUCAUUUUGCUCAAUGUUUGUCAUACUGCUGUAUUAUACGGAUCCACUGCCCUCUACUUUAUGCCUUCCCUUUCUUCGGUGGCUCUAGGACAACCGUUAGGAGAAAAACAUCACAAAAAGGUAAUAGGUAUGUAAAUUUGACCCGCAACUGUUGCUGAGUUCAGUAGAGAUGGCUUUUGGUUAUAGCAAUCAAGAAAUCAGUUGGCUCCAACAGAAUCAGAAGCUCCGAUGAACAGCGAAUUCUUAUACAGGCGAGCUAAUAAUAAGAUGAAUGUACUCUGUGGUAUGUUUGUUUGUUUGCACAAAGCGUGGGUUGAAGUAGCAAGAUAAGCCAUAUUUCACUAGAGAGAAAAAAUAUUAGAUUGUAAACUCUUUGAGGCA